AUAAUGCGGAAAAAGAUAAUAAAAAGAAAGAUGAGCAAAAACAGCUAGAAAUGCAAGAGAAAUCGAAUAGAAUGGAAACCGAUUAUUAUUAUUAAGACGAAAAUUUCAGCGAAAUAAUCUCAAAAAUCAAAAAUGAAACAAAAACAAAAAAGAAACUUAAUAUCAUAAAAUUUUAAUAUUGGAAAAUAAGUGCCAAAGAGAAAGAGAGAGAGAGAGAGAGUGAAAGAGAGGAAAAUAAAUCAAUGUACAAUUGCGAGGCCAUAACGAAAACCAAUAGAAUUUAUAAAUUAGUUUAAACAUAAAUCGUACUACACAACAUUAUCGUCAUCGCGCUUCACCCGAUUGCAAUACAGUCGCUUCCUUUGAUAGUUCUACAUCUGGUUCCCGGAACGGUCUAAAUAGUAUGUUUUAUAGAUAUUAUAGACAAGCUUGGGAAAAUCUACAUGAAUCCGCAUCGAAGAAUAGUUCGCAUAAUGCUUUACGGCGUAAAGAAACCUUAGAUCCACCAAAUAUGAUACGUUCACGUGAUAAUUUACGAGAAAAUAUACAAAGAUCUAGGGAGAAUUUAGAAAGAUGCGGCCGUGACAAUUAUGGCAUGCGCGAAAAUUCCGAGAUGGUAGUAUCUGAUGCUUGUAUAAAAGGAGAGAAGAAACGACAUCAUCAUCAUCAUCAUAAGGGUGGCUCAACACGUAAUGGCGAUUAUCGCGAUCAUUCGGUGGGACGAAGGGAACAUCAUCGACACAGCGGCGGCCACUAUUGACCAACUAUGAUCAUAACCAUUAACGUAGAACAAACAUCUGUAGCAUCAUCAAAUUAAAUAGAGAAGCACGCACAUGUACACACGCACACAUGGACAAACCAGACUGCAAUAUCACAAAGCUAAAGCACUUUUAAGGAGAGAAAAAAAUAUAAAAAACAAAAAAAAAGAGACGAUGAUGAAGACGAAGAAGAAGAAGCGCACAACGAAAGCAAAUCUGUUUAGUUUGUAACAUAAAGCUUGUUUAGCAUUUAAUUUAUACUUAUUUUCUACAGUGUAGGGUCCACAAAAGUCAACAAAGUUCUCUUCCCUUCUUUUUUUUUUUUUUUUUUUUUUUUGUUACUUUCUUUCAUAUUUUAUUUAAAAUAGGCUUAAAGACAUACAAACAAAGUUUAAACUGUUGUAAUAGUUUCCAUAUCCUAAGAUUAGGAAAACGUUUACGGUUUUAUUAAAUUUCUUCUUUUCAUUUAAAGAAAAGAAAAAAAUUAAUAAAACUUUUGAUAAAUUCGAUUUGUUUAAUAAUAAAACAAAAAACAGAAAUUGCUUAUUAUGAAUAACUUGGUUCAGCUUAUUCACACAUAAAGUUAAGUUAAAUCGAUUUAUUCAUUAAAA